AUGAUUAUGAUAAUAUGUGCAUAUUUUAUUCGUCGAAAUCUUGCACAUAAACAUCAAAGACGAGCACAACUAUCUUUAGUUGAUUAUCAACGAAAUCCACUUGAUCAACAAGUUCUUAAGAUAUUAUUCGUUCAAAUUAUAUGUUAUAUUAUAUUUACAAGUCCUCAAUUGUGCAGUUUAGUGUUUAGUACAAUCUCAAUAACGAUUUCUAAUCGAUCAAGUGAUCAAUCAGCUAUUGAAUCAUUUCUUAAUUUUCUAGCGGAAUUGAUGUUAUACUUAUUUCCAGUUACAUCAUUUUAUUUAUAUACACUUACAUCUCGUAGAUUUCGUAAAGAAUUAAUUGAUUUUUUUCGUUUAUUAUUGGUUUCUUGUGGAGGGAAUCGAAUUGUACCAAUAGCAGCUGCUUCGAUUCCUCGGCAUCGUAUAGAACAUAAUGAAACAACUAUAAAUGCAUCUGUAAAACCAACGAAUAAAUAA